AUGGUGCUGGGUGUUCUUACAACCUUGCUGAAGAUGAUGUGCUGCAAAGGCCGACAUGCAAGGGGAAAGCUGACGGGGCUGGUUUUCCCGAUUUGCGUAGACGACUUGACGUCCCCAUCCGGACCGGCGCUGCUGACCAAAAUGCUUCAGUUUGGGCAGCACCUGCCGGAUGGCGUAGUGGUCACUUCGGUGCGGAAUCUGGAAAAGAAGGUGGCAGAUGGGGUCAAAGGAGACAAGGCCGUGCUGGAGGUCAGCUACUCUGGGUCUGUUGAGCUGCCAUCCCGUUUCUUCCUGAAGUGCAACUUGCAAAAACUUGGGGCCAUGCGCCUGCUGGUGGCUACAUCCGAUGUGUGCGAGUGCGAGGCACUCUUUUAUCAUCAUUUGGCCCCGGAGAUCGUGGAUUGCCUCCGAACGCCAAAGUGCUUCUUCGUGGACCUGAACUCCACAACAGGCGAGUUCUGCCUGCUGACGGAAGUGCUGGGUUUCGGAGGCGAAUUCCACACGCUGAAGCAUCGAGUUCGCGAUGCCGCAACGCUGGAGGAGCAGCUUCUCUUCGUUGAAACUGGCGCUAGGCUGCAUGUGCGGUCCUGGUUCUUGAUCAACAGCUCCAGUGCCGUGGUGAGUCACAUGCCUCGCUUUCACCACACCCACCGGCAAAUGUGGUUGCUCUGCAUGGUCAGCGGCUGGAUGGGCCUGAAGCAGACGGUGCAAAAGACAGUGAAGGGGAAGCGUGUGAAUGCUGACUGGAUGACUUGGAGUUGCCCCCCGGAGCUGGUUGGAAAGGAGUGGGAGCUGAUCUGGGACAUGUCUGACAUUCUCACAAGCUUAGCGCUCGAAAGGGACAUGGUUGCCUUUGGUCACAACGACCUCACUACCGACAAUGCCUUCUAUUGGCGCGAUGGUGCUGGGCAUUUGAAGAUGGGACUGUUCGAUUGGCAGCAAAGCUGUGUAAACAAUGUCGGGCAAGAGUGGGCCUGGAACUGGCAUUUCUUAGAGCCGGAGUUCCUUGAUCAGAAUGAGGAGGCAAUGAUCACUUCGCUGCUUUCUUCCUACGCCAAACUCGGCCAUCCGAUCUCGCGCGGCAAGUUCCUGAGGGCGUACACUCUCGGAACAAUUCAGAUGUUCGUAUUCGGCGGUGGUGGUCUCCAACUGCUCAUGAAAGAGCUGCACUCGAACGGGAUCUUUCAGACUCUCGUUCCAAACGACCCUCGCUGUCGUGGAUUGGAUCAGGACGUGGAUGAUCAGCUUCGAGAGAAACUAGUCGGUGCGGAGAUGACGCGAAGGACUUUCACGAACUGCUGCAAUAUCAUGCGCAGGCACAACUUCUUUUCUGCUUGGCAGAAAUGGAAGCGGACCAGAUCACUGGAUGCAUCUUAG